GAGUUGAGUCAUUGAAUUUUUACAAAUUCAAUGGUUGAGUUUAAAUAAAUUAAUUAAUUGUGGUGCUCCCGUUGCGACACCACUGGAUUUGAAAGAAAUCAGCUGUUUAUUGUUUUGAUCUUGAACCUUAGACUGAAUCUUGAACAACAAGAAAAAGUUUAUUAUUUAUUGAUAUCGCAAUUUGGGCGCUUUCAACUUCUGCCUUAAUGUUUCUUAAAUGUUUCGAGUAUGACAUGACCUCUAUAAAAACUGUUUGAACCAAGAAUCAAUACAGUUUAUAAAUUUUAAGUCCCCUCAUUCAUAAAGAUGAAUAGAUAAAAGUUUCUCAAUUAGAUAUUUUUAAUUCGUGCUUGACCUUCACGUUUGUGAUAAGUGUAGUCUUGAAUUCUGGCAAAUUGAAAGUAUGUACAAGUAUAUUAGGCUGACAAACACCCUGCGAUAUUCAGGUGAACGCAUAAAUAAUGGGAUUCGGUUGUGUUGUACACACGAAUUCAACAGCAAUAAACAUAGAAGCAGAAGUCACACAGCAGGUCUUUUGUUUGGAGCAGCUGUUUCUUCACUUUUAGCUUAUAAAAUUUACAAAGAAAAUAAGUUUGUAUAUCUAAAGGAAGCAGAAAAGCAGAUCAACACGGACAAAUAUGGUGCAUAUCAGCCGAAUUUGCCCGAGUACUCUCUAGAGGAAGUUACUAAACAUGCGACAAAAUCGACAAAGAUUUGGGUAAUAUUUAGGCGUGGUGUUUACGACAUUACAAGUUUUGUCGAGGAACAUCCAGGAGGUGAUCAAAUUAUGUUGGGUGCUGGUAAUUCGAUCGAACCAUUUUGGUUACUGUAUGGCGUGCAUAAUCAGAUUCAAAUUUACGAGAUGCUUGAAAAGAUGAGAAUUGGAAAUAUUUCUGAAAAGGAUGCGGGAGAAUCGGUUAAAGAUAUGUCUGAUCCCUAUCAUAAUGAUCCAAAACGUCAUCCAAUCUUGAAACCAGCGUCAGUGAAACCGUUUAAUGCAGAAGCACCUUUAUCAUUGCUUGCUGACAAUUUCAUUUCUCCCAACGAAUUGUUCUACGUCCGUAACCAUCUACCUGUCCCAGAAGUUGACAUCUCAACCUACGAACUAGAGGUGGAAGUCGAAGGUACCAAAAAGAAGUUGGUACUGUCGUUCAAGGAUUUAGAGCGUCUUCAAAAACAUACGAUAACAGCUACAAUUAUGUGCGCUGGAAAUCGUCGUUCUGAAAUGUCCAAGCUAAAAACCGUCAAGGGAUUAGAUUGGGGUUGUGCAGCCAUAGGUAAUGCGACGUAUACAGGGGUUCGUUUGCGAGAUGUUUUAGAUAAAGUUGGAAUAAAGGAAGGUUCCGAUUAUAAACAUGUGCAGUUUGAAGGUUUGGAUACAGAUUCUACAGGCAAAUCAUAUGGUGCGUCUAUUCCAUUUUGGAGAGCAGUAGAUAAAAAAUGCGACGUUCUUCUCGCUUACGAGAUGAAUGGAAAGCCUUUACCAAAAGAUCAUGGAUUUCCGAUUAGGGUUGUUGUACCUGGGGUCGUGGGGGCGCGAAAUGUUAAAUGGCUUGGCAAAAUAGUCGUUUCUCAAAAUGAAAGUGACUCCCAUUGGCAGCAAAACGAUUAUAAAGGUUUUUCACCAAGUAUCGAUUGGGAUAAUGUGGAUUUCAGUACUGCGCCUGCUAUUCAAGAGUUGCCUGUUACGUCGGCAAUUUGUAAACCUGCGCCUGGCUCAACUGUGAAGAUUGAAGAUGGGUGCAUUUUUGUACAAGGUUAUGCCUGGUCAGGGGGUGGUAAACAAAUCAUAAGGGUUGACCUAACAAUCGACGGUGGUGAUAAUUGGCACAUCGCUAACAUAGACCAACAGGAUACAAGUUCUCCACCUCAACAUUGGGCUUGGACGUUAUGGUCUGCAAAAAUUCCUGUACCAAAAGGAAAAACAAAGCUCGAUAUACACGUUAAAGCUGUGGAUUCCGACUACAACACCCAACCAGAAAGUUUUAAAAAUAUCUGGAAUUUAAGAGGAGUGCUCAGCAAUGCCUAUCAUCGUGUGCCAAUUAAUGUUGAAUGGUAAUUUCAGUUGGGAAAUACAUUGUAAUGUGUAAUAAAUAAAAACAAAGUGCCAAAUGAU